AUGGCCGUUACUCCUCUCAAGAACAUCGCCCUCACCGGUGCCAGUGGCGCUGUUGGCUCCGUCGUCCUCAAGGCCCUUCUCGCCGCUGGCAACUUCAACAUCACCGUCCUACGCCGCAAUAACUCCAAGUCAACCUUCCCCGACAACGUCAAGGUCGUCGACGUCGACUUCGAGUCCGUCGACUCUCUGACCGCCGCUCUCACCGGCCAGGACGCCGUCGUGUCUACCGUUGGCACAGAGGGCCUCGGCGAACAGCAGAAGAAGCUUGUCGACGCCGCCGCCGCUGCUGGCGUCAAGCGUUUCCUGCCGUCCGAGUACGGCUGCGACCUGGCCAACGAGCUAACCGCCAAGCUGCCCGUCUUCGCUCCCAAGGUUGGCGUCGCAAGAUAUCUCGAGGAAAAGGCCAAGACGACGCCUCUCACGUAUACGUUUGCCUACAGCGGGCCGUUCUUCGACUGGGGUCUGGAGCACAACUUCAUCUUCAAGAGCGCGGGAUCCAAGCCCGUCCUGUACGACGGCGGCGACACCGUUUUCAGCACCUCGACGCUGGACGCCGUCGCCCAGGCGGUCAUUGGCAUUUUGAACAACCCCGAGGAGACUAAGAAUCGCGCGGUGCGGUUCCAGAGCCUGGCGAUUUCGCAGAACGGGAUUCUCAGGCUGGCGAAGGAGGUUGCGCCUGAGCGCGACUGGCAGCCUGAGGUGGUGAAGAUUGACGAUGUUACGAACGCUGCGGAUGAGAGACUGGCCAAGGGACUGCUUGGACAUGAGACGUUUGUUCCUUAUCUUAUUCGCGCCGUUAACGAUCCUCGGUAUGGUUCGCAGUUUACGACUCUGGAUAAUGAGUUGCUGGGAGUGAAGCAGUUGACGGAGAAGGAGAUUAAGGAGGUUGUCAAGAGCAAGAUCAGCAACUAG